GAUGAUUCAAAACAGAUCAGAGAGGGAGGCAGGAAGACAAUAUGGAGAAGAUCUGUGUAGCAGUUCGGGUGCGGCCUCCUGUCGCCCAGGAAACCUCAAGCUCUACCUACUGGAGAGUCGAAGACAAUCGCAUUUCUCUCCACAAAACUCUCGGAACUCCCAUCUCUGGUGUUUCUCACGCUUUCGACCAUGUGUUCGACCAAAGUUGCGCCAAUGCUAGGGUUUACGAGCUUCUUAUUAAGGAUAUCAUCCAUGCCGCUGUGGAGGGUUUUAACGGAACUGCAUUUGCCUAUGGACAGACCAGCAGUGGCAAGACUUACACCAUGAAUGGCUCUGAAUCUGAUCCAGGAAUCAUUCAUCUGGCUGUCAAAGAUGUAUUUAGAAGAAUUCAGAUGACAGCUGAUCGAGAGUUUCUGAUUCGAGUUUCCUACAUGGAAAUUUAUAAUGAAGAAAUCAAUGAUCUUCUUGCAGUAGAGAACCAGAAAUUACAAAUUCACGAGAGUCUGGAGAACGGCGUAUUUGUUGCAGGCCUUAGGGAAGAAAUUGUAAAUGGUGCUGAGCAAGUGCUAAAGAUCAUUGAAUCUGGAGAAGUUAAUAGGCAUUUCGGUGAGACAAACAUGAAUGCUCGAAGUAGUAGGUCUCACACCAUAUUUAGAAUGGUUAUUGAAAGCAAGGAAAAGGAUUCCAAUUAUUCCAGUGAUUAUUCAAGUACAGAUGCAGUCCGUGUCUCGGUUUUGAACUUGGUAGAUUUAGCUGGGUCUGAACGAAUUGCAAAAACUGGAGCAGGUGGAGUUCGUUUAAAGGAAGGAAAGCACAUUAACAAGAGCUUAAUGGUUCUUGGUAAUGUAAUUAACAAAUUGAGUGAUGGUGCAAAGCAAAGGGGACAUAUUCCUUAUCGAGAUAGUAAGCUAACUCGCAUACUUCAACCUGCACUUGGUGGUAAUGCCAAAACUUCUAUAAUUUGCACUGUAGCACCAGAAGAGGUUCACAUUGAGGAAACCAAGGGAACCCUCCAGUUUGCUAGCAGAGCCAAGCGCAUUACCAAUUGUGCUCAAGUGAAUGAGAUUUUGACAGAUGCAGCAUUACUGAAGCGGCAAAAACUAGAGAUAGAGGAACUACGUAAAAAACUUCAGGGAUCCCAUGCUGAGGUGCUAGAGCAAGAGAUUUUGAAACUUCGAAAUGAUAUGCUCAAGUAUGAACUGGAGCAUGAGAAGCUUGCAACAGAACUGGAAGAGGAGAGGAAAUCCCACAAAGAACGAGAUCAAUGGAUUAGGGAACAGCAGAUGAAAAUUGACAAUCUCAGUAGUCUAGUCACUUUGUCAGAUUGCGAUAGGAAAUCUAGUCAGGACUCUGCAAGACAAAGCCUUAAGGAAGAAUCCAUUGACAGUCAUAGUACAGGUCAUGGAGAUGGUUUUAGUACUCCUUGUUUUAAGGCAGUUCCCAAUGCCUUUGUUGUCAAACGAUCAAAUUAUUCUAGGCUACCUGAUUACAGCCCUCUUCCAGAUGCUAUUAGCAAUGUGGCUGAUGAAGAUACAUGGCUGAAGAUGAACAAAGGUUAUGUUGCUGACCUGGAUUCACUUCAAAUAACUCCAGCAAGAAGAGUCCAAUCCUUUCCAACAAGUGAGGCAACCCCUGGUUGCUCAAAAGAAAAUUACAAACAAGAGGUUCAAGUUCUCAAGAGACAAUUAGAACUUGCCAUUGAAGAGAAAGAUCAACUUGAGAGAAACCACAUGGAACAAAUACUAUUGAACAAGCAAUUAACAGGGGAAAUAUCUGAACUUCAAAGAGAAGCACAACUAAUUCGAGAAAUUCCUCAUAGGUUGUGUGAGUCUGUGGCAAAUUGCAAAGAAAUAUAUAAGGAUGUUAUGUCAAUCAUGCAGAGUUUUGUACCUGAUGAUGAAUCUUCAACUUCAAAAUUGCUUUCUAGCACAAGUGAGAUUGGUACAACUCUUCUCUCAACUUUGGAAAAUCAUUUCUCUGUGAGCAUUGAUGGCAAUAGGACUUUUCCUGGGAACAACUCUCUUAUUCAAGAACAAUGCAAAGUGCUUUGUGAGAGGUUGAACAAAACAAUUACAUCCUUAGUACUUUCAGAACCAUCAACUGUCAAACCUAGACACUCCAGGAAUCUACCAUGCAGCUGUGGAUAUAAGGGCUGUGCUUUGGGAGGAGAAACUGCUUGUUGGAAGGAGAAACUGGACAAUGAGCUCAAUACAAUCAAUGAAAAAUAUCAGAGCUUGGAGAAAGAGUUAGAACACAGUAACCAGCUUCUGGAGGUUUCUAAAGAAAGAUACCAUAGUUUGGAAAGAGAGUUCCAUCUUUUGAAAGAUGAAAGAGACUCCCUGCUGCAAACAGUGUCCAAGUCAACCCAAAAACUUGCAUUGGUGACUGACCAGAAGGAAAAUGUUUCGAAGGAAUUGAAUACUGAAUUACAGAGAAGAAAAGAUCUUGAAGAAGAGGUCAAACAGUUCAGUGUUGCUUUUGCCCAUCGACAGAGAUCACUGAUGUCUUUCCACAGUCAGUUUAAGUCUAAAAUUGAGAACUUGAGAGGCCAGAAUCCAGUUCCAAUUGCCAAAUCUCUUGGCUAUUGAAUAUUUGAUAUGCUGCUUGCUUCUUAAAUGGAAAUGGAAGGUCUGCAACUUCUCUUCUGCGUGUUUUUCUACUGUAUCCUAUAUAUUAAACAAAACAACCCUGUUGAUGCUGUUUGUUAAGUACUUCGGCUCUGCCAUAUCAGAAUCUGAUAUUUUUCCAUGUUGUUUGAA